UAUGUGUGCGUUCAAUAUACAUGAAAAUAUACAUAGUUAUAUAUACACAUGGUACAAUUAUUAUGCAGUUUGACGAUAUUUAACAUUAAUUAAUUAAUUAAUAUAAUUGUAAAUUAAUAAAAUGGCCGAUGAAGACGUUAAUGGAGAUUCUGACGAAGUUCAGCAAGAGAAAUCACAAAAGAGAACAGCAAAAUAUGAUAGUGGAGCUGCUGAUUUGGAAAGAGUUACAGAUUAUGCAGAGGAGAAAGAAAUUUCAUCUUCUGAAGAUUUUUCAUGUGCAUUAAGCAUAAUUGGAGAUCGUCGAAAUAAGGAAGUAGCUGAGAAAAAAGCCAAGGAAAAGGAACUUCUGAAAAUUUCCAUAAAAAAAGAAGAUGUUGAUCUAAUUAUGAAGGAAAUGGAAAUUAAUCGAAAUAUAGCAGAACAAACUCUUAGGGAACACAGAGGCGAUGUUGUGGAGGCACUUGUGACUUUAACCAAUUGAUCGCAAGCUUCGUAUACGAGAUGAAUUAUUCUCGUUACUCGUUACAUAAGUUAAUUUAUGUUUACUUGUACAAUUACAAUUAUUAUUAAAAAAAAAUAUUUAAUGAAAUAGCAAA